AUGCUAAAGGUGCUUCUUAGGAAUGCGAGUCCAAUGAUACGCCUUGGCGCAAAUGUGGGGCCAUCAUCUUUCAUCAGAUCCGUGAUGAGCCGCCCGUCAUUAAACUUACGCAACAUAUCAGCGUUGUCGAAAACCUCCCAGUGUUUGAUCAGCAGGCAAAAUUCUUAUAGAGCCCUCUCUUCAUGCUCUAUACUCAAGCAGGCGACCACAGCGGUCAAAAAGCAGCCCGCAAAGAAGCUCAUAAACUCAUCAAAACAAGUGGGCUACUGGCUCAUCGGAACAUCUGGUCUGGUAUUUGGAAUUGUCGUACUAGGUGGACUCACCCGACUCACUGAAUCCGGACUGAGUAUUACGGAAUGGAAACCUGUUGCAGGAACUUUGCCCCCUAUGAACGAGCAGCAGUGGCUUGAAGAGUUCGCCAAAUACAGAGAGUCCCCAGAAUUUCAGCAGUUAAACUCGCAUAUCAAUUUGGAUGAGUUCAAAUUUAUUUAUUUCAUGGAAUGGGUCCACAGAUUGUGGGGUCGUGCCAUCGGUGCCGUAUUCGUGCUGCCCGCUAUUUAUUUUGCCGUUGCCAAGAAAACGUCCCCAAGAGUCAACAGACGCGUCUUCACCUUGGCCUCUUUGCUGGGUUUGCAGGGAUUCAUUGGAUGGUGGAUGGUAAAGUCCGGUCUUGAUCAAGAAGCGCUCAACGAACGGAAAUCGAAACCAACUGUCUCUCAGUACAGACUAACUACUCAUCUCACCACGGCAUUCUUAUUGUACCUAGGUAUGCUAUGGACAGGGUUUGAAAUACUAAAGGAAGCAAAAUGGGUUAAGGAUCCUGCCAAAGCGCUCAGUCAAAUCGCCAAGUUGGACAACCCAGCCUUGGGUCCUUUCAGAAAAACAUCAUUAGGUCUACUUGCCCUCACUUUUGUCACUGCUAUGAGCGGUGGAAUGGUCGCCGGUUUGGAUGCAGGUUUGAUUUACAACACUUUCCCUCACAUGGGCGAUGAUUGGAUUCCCAGCAAGAGGGAGCUAUUCGAUAACAAUUUUGCGAGAAAGGACGAUGCGAGCGACCUGUUUUGGAGAAACAUGCUGGAAAAUCCAGCAACGGUUCAGCUAAACCAUAGAAUCCUAGCUAUGACUACAUUUUGCGCAGUUUUCGGUAUGCAUAUGUGGGUGAAUAGAAGGAAACACAUUCUCCCUAAAAAUGCUGUCAGAUCCAUGCAUGCCAUGAUGGGUGUAGUGACGUUACAGGCAACGCUCGGAAUAUUCACCCUUCUGUACUUGGUCCCGAUCUCCUUGGGAUCGUUGCAUCAAGCUGGGGCUAUGGCAUUGUUGACCAAUGCUCUGAUCUUCGCUGCACAGUUGCGUAAAGCCAGAAUCCCUAUGAGAAUAUUGGUGGGUGGCCUUUCAACGAGGGCUGCACCCAAGGCAACCAGUAAGAUCUUGACGGAAGCCGGUAAUGUCGCUGCCAAAUAA